GCAAAGAUGCAGAGCACUUCAAAUUACCUCUGGUUAUUGUCAGACAUUCUAGGACAGGGAGCUACUGCAAAUGUUUUCCGAGGACGACAUAAGAAAACUGGGGAUUUAUAUGCUGUCAAAGUAUUUAACAGUAUAAGUUUCCUUCGUCCUGUGGAUGUUCAGAUGCGAGAGUUUGAAGUACUGAAGAAACUAAAUCAUAAGAACAUUGUCAAAUUGUUUGCCAUUGAAGAAGAGACCACAACUAGACACAAAGUACUAGUUAUGGAAUUUUGUCCAUGUGGGAGUUUAUAUACAGUUCUGGAGGAGCCAUCUAAUGCCUUUGGUUUACCAGAGUCUGAGUUCUUAAUUGUGUUGAGAGAUGUGGUGGCUGGGAUGAAUCAUCUCCGGGAGAAUGGCAUAGUGCACCGUGACAUCAAACCAGGCAACAUAAUGCGUGUUAUAGGUGAAGAUGGUCAGUCUGUUUACAAACUCACAGACUUUGGUGCUGCAAGAGAGCUGGAAGAUGAUGAACAAUUUGUUUCUCUCUAUGGCACAGAAGAGUAUUUACAUCCUGAUAUGUAUGAACGAGCAGUUUUGAGGAAAGAGCAUCAGAAAAAGUAUGGAGCAACAGUUGAUCUGUGGAGCAUAGGGGUGACCUUUUACCAUGCUGCAACAGGGAGUUUGCCUUUUCGACCUUUUGAAGGACCUCGUAGAAACAAGGAAGUCAUGUAUAAAAUAAUCACUGGAAAGCCUUCUGGUGCUAUUUCUGGAAUACAGAAAGCAGAAAACGGACCAAUUGAAUGGAGCUGGGAGAUGCCUGUUUCUUGUAGUCUUUCAAAGGGUCUGCAAGUACUGCUCACACCUGUCCUUGCAAAUAUUCUUGAAGCAGAUCAGGAAAAAUGCUGGGGAUUUGACCAGUUCUUUGCAGAGACAAGUGACAUACUGCACCGAAUAAUAAUCCACAUCUUUUCACUGCAGCAGAUGACCUUGCACAAAGUUUAUAUUCACAGCUAUAAUACAGCUGCUAUAUUUCAUGAGUUGGUCUACAAGCAGACAAAAAUACCAUCUCAGAAUCAAGAACUGAUAUAUGAAGGUCGUCGUUUAAUCCUAGAGCCUGGCAGAUUGGCACAGCACUUCCCCAGGACAACUGAGGAGAAUCCGAUCUUUGUAGUGAGCAGGGAGGCUGUGAACAUUGUGGGGUUAAUCUAUGAAGAAGUUUUGCUUCCUAAAGUACAUCAACGUUACGAUUUGGAUGGCGAUGCCAGUAUGGCUAAAGCAGUAACAGGUAUGGUCUGCUACGCCUGUAGAGUUGCCGGUUUGCUGCUACUUUACCAGGAGCUGAUGCGAAAAGGAAUUCGAUGGCUGAUUGAAAUAAUCAAGGAUGAUUACAAUGAAAUGGUUCAUAAAAAGACUGAGGUUGUCAUCAGGCUGGAUUUCUGCAGCAGAAACAUUGAGAAAGCCGAGAAAAUAUAUGAGAAUUUGAUGCAGGUCAACUUGGAAGCAUCAGAAGUGGAUGAAAUUUCAGAGAUACACACAAAACUCUUGCGUCUCUCCAGCUCUCAGGGCACAAUAGAAACUAGUCUUCAAGAUAUCAAAUCCAAACUGUCUCCUGGUGGUUUACUGGCUGACGCUUGGGCAAAUCAGGAAGGCAUGCAUCCAAAAGACAGAAAUCCAGAAAGGCUGCAAGCGCUCCUAAGUUCCAUCACAGAUAUUUAUUACCAGUUCAAAAAAGACAAAGCAGAACGAAGACUUUCUUAUAAUGAAGAACAAAUUCACAAGUUUGACAAGCAGAAGCUGUAUUUGCACGCUACAAAAGCCAUAGCUUUAUUCAAAGAUGAAUGUGUCAGCAAGUAUGAUACAUUUCUGGACAAGGCAGAGGACUGGUCAAGGAAAAUGCUUCACACAAGGAAGCAGUUACUGGCUCUUACCAACCAGUGUUUUGAUAUUGAAGAAGAGGUAUCCAAAUACCAGGAUUAUAUAAAUGAGGUACAAGAUGCUUUGCCUCAGAAAAUGUUUGCAGCUUCCAGUGGGCUGAAGCAUACGAUGAAUACAGUCUAUCCAAGCUCAAAUACAUUGGUGGAAAUGACUCUUGGUAUGAAGAAACUAAAGGAGGAAAUGGAAGGGGUUGUUAAGGAACUGGCUGAGAACAAUCACAUUUUGGAAAGAUUUGGUGCUUUGACUAGGGAUGGUGUCCUACGGAACGUGGACUGUAUGUAGCUUUCAAAGGACCUGAAGAGGACUUGUAAAUUUUUU